AUGGAGCGUGAUCAGAAAGACAAUCUAGAGAUAGGUUCAAUCUAUGCCCACUCUGUGAAUGAGCCGACAUCUGCCAUAUCUGUCACUCAGGGGCAGGAAGCGAGAACCAUUGAGGAGAAACCGAUUGAAUUUCUUCGUGAGUUCGACAAAAUUUGCAGAGUGCAGAAAAGACCAGAGGGGUCAAGUGAGGAGGAUCUCAAACUGAGCGAAGCAGAUGCCUGGUUUAUAGGAUUGGAACCCAACAGCAUCAAGACGUGGUUAGAAUUCAAAAUGGAGUUCCUAAACCAAUUCAUUCCAGCAGCAAAAACAAAUGCACUCCGAAGGGAAAUCAGAGAGGCUACCCAAGAAUAUGGCAAGCGCUUGAGCAAGUACUGGCACAGUUACCAAGGUUAUCUGGAUACAUGCCCAAAUCACAACCUGAUGGAAGUGGAGAUCUACUCAAAGUUCUACGACGGAAUGGAUGCAAAGAGCAAAGACAUAGUGAACUCAUCAAGCGGGGGAAGUUUCUACAAACUAAGGCUGAGUAAGGCCAAGAUUGUCCUGGAAAAGCUUCUAAACGCAAAAAGAGAGUACGAUGAUACAUCAGUGGCCCCAGUGCAAGAAAAAGUGAAGAGUACUCCCACAGAGGACAAGGGCGAUCUACUGAAGAGCUGGAUUGACAAGCUAGAGGAAACCCUCCAGUCAGUGAUCGAGUCGAGAUACCAUCCAACCGUUCCCAUCCAAACCCACUUCCAGACUGAUCAAGUGAACCACCCCCAAGAACACAGGGGAGGUCUGAAGUUCGAAUGGAAACUGGAACCCUGGAAGUCAAGCAGAGGUGUACCAACAGGAAUACCCACACUGUGGAGAAUGGAACUGGGCAGAAGAAGUUCUGAACCACCCUUGAACGAGAAUCGACAUGCAGAAUCUGCAGGUGGAAUGAGUGAGGGGUGGAACGCAUCACAACAAAACAUGAGGAGCUGCACGAGGUCAAACGAUGCAUUGGUGACGGAAAUGCAGCGCACUUAUGAUGAACAGAAAUCCAACAUGGAUGACAUGAUCAGGCAGGUCGCUCAAUUGACCGAAAUGAUGAAGGAGCUACAAGAAAACAGAGCAAGGUCUGAGGUGAAUGAGAACAAAGAAAAGGAGGAAGGUGUGAGUGAAGCCGAAGAAGAAAAACCAGCAAAUGCGGAGGAAAAGUUAGAGGCACUACCGGAGAGACAAAGGAAAGUAGAAACUAUUGAGAUAGAAUUAGCUGAGACAGAGACACGAACCGAAAAGGAGUCGAUUACCACACCUCCUGAUGAAGAAGCACUACACAAAACUUUAUAG